AAACAGAAAACUUAAAAGAUGAAUCCAAAAGAGCAGAAACAAAAGCUAAGCACAUCAGAAACCGCAAGUCCCUCUCUGUCAAAGAAUACGGAUUUGGUAAUCACAAGUCCCUCUCUAUCGAAUGUUGAUGUGGGAGAAGCGAUGAAGAAGCAGAACGAUGUGGCUAUGUUCCUUGCGGAGAAAGUAAUCUCUGUCGUAGCCAAAAACUCUAAUUUUGUCUUCUCUCCUGCAUCAAUCAACGCCAUACUCACCAUGGUCGCUGCUACCUCUAGCGAAGAAGCACUAAGAUCUUUCAUCCUCUCCUUCCUUAAAUCUUCCUCAACCGAUGAGCUCAACGCAGUUUUUCGCGAAAUCGCUUCUCUCGUCCUCGUAGACGGAAGCGAAAGUGGUGGACCAAAAAUCGCAGCGGUUAAUGGAGCGUGGAUGGAGCAAUCGCUACCUGUUGAUCCCUCAAUGAAAGAUCUCUUUGAGAAUUUCUUCAAAGCUGCUUUCGCUCAAGUUGAUUUCCGUUUCAAGGGUGAACAAGCGCGUAUGGAGGCAAAUUCUUGGGCUUCAAAAAAUACCAAUGGUCUCAUCAACAAUCUUCUUCCUCCCGGAUCGGUUUCAAGCGACACCGAAUGUAUUUAUGGAAACGCAUUGUACUUCAAAGGAGCUUGGCAAAACAAAUUCUAUAAGUCUUUGACAAGAGACAAAGAGUUUCACCUUCUUGAUGGCACCUCAGUCUCUGUGCCUUUCAUGCACAGCUCUGAUAAGCAAUAUAUUACGGAUUACGACGGUUUCAAGGUCCUAGGGCUCCCUUUCCGACAAUGCGGUGAUACCAAUCGCCGAUUCUCAAUGUAUUUCUACCUUCCCGACAAGAAGGAUGGCUUGAAUGAUCUGGUGAAGAGAAUGGCAUCCACUCCUGGAUUCUUGGAAAGUCACAUUCCAGAAUAUAAACGUGAAGUUGGUGAAUUCAGAAUCCCAAAGUUUAAGAUCGAAUUCGGGUUUGAUGUUUCAAGUGCUUUAGAUAAACCGGAACUUCUGGAACUUGUUUCGGUUUCAUUGUAUCAUAAAGCUUGGGUCGAGAUCGAUGAAGAUGGUGCAAAAGCUAUGGAUAUUACCCGUUUUGUACUUAGCAGAACCUCCUUUGGCUGCGGCAGGAAGAUGGAUUUUGUUGCUGAUCAUCCAUUUCUUUUCAUGAUUAGAGAAGACGAAACCGGAACCGUUUUGUUUGUUGGUCAAAUCUUUGAUCCUACCAAAUCUUCUUCUGUUUAGGAUGGGAUUUGACCCGAUCACGGUUUUGACCUGGUUAAGAAGACAAAACCGGAACCGUAUUAUUUUUGAUUUUUGUUCUUAUAGUAGUUUUAGAUUUCUUUGUUUAGGACCUAAGUUACUACAACUUACUAAAUUAGCGCCGUGAUU